AAAUUAAACAACACAAAAAAGCCACAAAAACUUGUUCAAAAAAACAAAACUACUUUGGAUACUUGUCAGCUCAGCUCUCCGGCUUACAGAGCCCUCAGGCUUUCUUCGGUUUAAGCCAGUGUUCUAACGGCAUGUGAGUGGAGCCCCCACGAUGCCCACGGAAAGCUCAUCCAGCGAGAUCUCCGGCGGAGGAGGCGGCGGAGCGAUUCCCAUGCUGCGUCCCUCCCGCAUGGAUCAGUUCAUGUCCUCGGUGGCAGCGGCAGCGGCUGCCGUUGGUGGAGCGGCGGCGGCUGCCUCGGUGGAGCGGAACGGAGCGGGUGGCGGUGGAUCCUCCGAUGGUGGCUCCCAGAAUGGCGGCGAUUCGAGGAACUCUUCGGCCAGCCGGAUGUCGGCCUACGAGACACAGCUGGCGUAUCAGCAGCAUCUGGCGGGACUCCAUGGUGGACCACCGGGGCCACCGCCACCGCAUCACAGAGAGAUCUCCGCCUUUGUUCCGGUCCUGCCCACCGGAAAAGUGAGGCCCGGCAGUAAUUCCAACUACGAAAUCAUCGCCAUGAUGGCGGACAAGCGCAAGGAGCUGGCUCUCCGGGAAGCAGCCGCAGCGGCAGCCAUGCUGGGACGUGGUCCCGGUGGUGGUCCACCAGGAGUGCCGCCACCAGGUGUCCUAUAUGCCCCACCUGGCGUCCCACCGCCGCCAUAUCUCACCGGACCAGGACCCUCGCCCACGGGAGCUGGGAGCUUUCCCUUCCCGCCAGGAGCUGCUGCUGCAGCGGCAGCUGCCGCCGGUCUCUUCCCACCUGGCUUGGGACCGGGUAUGCAUGCCGGCCUGGAUCGGCGGCUACUGAGGGCACCGGGACGGGCUUCGAGGCCCAAGAAGCAGUUCAUCUGCAAAUUCUGCAACCGGCAGUUCACCAAGUCGUACAAUCUGCUCAUCCACGAAAGGACGCACACGGACGAGCGGCCCUAUUCCUGUGAUAUCUGCGGCAAGGCGUUCCGGCGACAGGAUCACCUCAGGGAUCACAGGUAUAUUCACUCUAAGGAGAAACCCUUCAAGUGCACGGAGUGCGGCAAGGGCUUCUGCCAGUCACGAACGCUGGCCGUGCACAAGAUCCUGCACAUGGAGGAGUCGCCGCACAAGUGCCCCGUCUGCAGCAGGUCCUUCAAUCAGCGCUCCAACCUGAAGACCCAUCUGCUCACCCACACGGAUCACAAGCCCUACGAGUGCUCCUCCUGCGGCAAGGUCUUCCGCCGGAACUGCGAUCUACGGCGCCAUGCCCUGACCCACGCCGUCGGCGAGGUCAAUUCGGGUGACUAUGUGGACGUGGGCGAGGAGGAUGAGGCCAGAAACUUGAGCGGCGAUGAGGAGGACUCCUUGCUGGAGGUGGAUUCACCCCGGCAGUCACCGGUUCAUAAUUUGGGGGAUUCUUCUGGACCUGGCGGUGAGAAAUCAGAGUCCGAGAGGAUGAGACUCAAGCGAAAGGCUGGUGCCCUGGAUCACCACCACGAAGAGAGUGAGGAGGAGUUCGAUGACUACGACGAGGAGGAGGACCUACAGGAUCUGCAAGCCAGAGAUGGAGCCGGAGCAGAAGAGGAGGAGGACUUUGACCCAGAGGAUGAAGAGCGUGCAGAAGUGGCCCUGGUGGCCGCUCGUUUCCCGGCAGGCAAAACUUCUGCUGCUGCUGGCAGUAAUGCCAUCGUCUCCGGCGUUGCCUCGGCAUCUUCCAGUGCCUCCGGCAAACCGGAGCGCCAGGGCGUUACCCACUGCCACCACGAGGGCGGGGAGACCUAUACGAUGAGACCGCAUGGCGAGAAGCACCUAGAGGAGCCGCCUCCCAAUCCCAGUCUAUCGGUACCACCUUCCUUUGUGCGAUACCCGCCAGGAGCUGGUCCACCUCCUCCUCCAUUGGGACACGCACACUUGCUGCCACCCAAUGGCGAUCCCUAUUUGCCGAUUCUCCAUGUUCGUCGUGAUCUGCACCACAAGAGCUUGAACCUCUCGAAGGCUGCUCCACCGCCACCAACUCCUCCUAGCAUCAGCAUCCAGCCAGAGACGAGUAAGCCACCCAAUCAGCCUCUGCACUCGCCACACGAGGCAAUGCCCAGCUUCCUGGGUUCAAUUCCCAUGCGAAAGCGGAUCCUGCCGCCUCCGCCACCCACCUUGGACCUGAUGGAUCCCCAGCACCAUCAUCAUCACCAUCAUCCUGGCCUGGGAGGCCCCAGGACCUUUGUGGAUAACCCGGGUAUAUAUGCCUUGAAUAUGUCACGACAUCCCCCAAGGCAGCUGCUGGGAAAACCCCCACCGAGCACGGAAACCAACUGCGAAAAGGGAGCAGGAGCACCACCUGGGCCAGGAGCACCACCUGUGGCAGUCCCACCCAUAGCACCACCAGCGGCGCCACCCAGAAGGACAGGAUUUAGCAUUGAGGACAUCAUGAGGCGUUGACACUAAUCUAAAAGUAUCGGAGAGGCCACAGAUAUUGCUGUGAUUAUGAAAUUCAUUUCAAAUCUCCUGCGAUUUCCGUAAGGCCUUCGCCAAACUUAAUAAAACUUGAUCUGAAACCGAUUUUGGGUCCUUUAAAAACUUGUUCCCAUAAGGGAUAUAAAUCCCGAAACAUUUAACACUUAUUUAGAGCUACGUUUUAGUACAUUUUAGUGUAAUGUCUCUAGGCAAGGCAAUAGACUUAAAUAUAUGACAAAAACAAAACGCAUUCCCUAAGCUGUAAUUGUAAGCUUAAAGAAACUGAAACUCUGUUGUUGCAUUUUAUAGAGCUCUUAAAUAUAUAUUAUAUAAAUAUAUAUACAUAAGUUAGGUGUUAAGACUUAGCUUAAAUCUGAUCGUUUAAAUGAUUAAGUACGAGAGUCUAUCGCUUAGUUUUUUUGUGAGUGCUUGUGUGCCUGGCUACAACAACACUAAGUGUUGCUGUUUUUUGUCGAGUGGAUGCCAACUUUUAAUUUAUGUUUCCUUAUCCCGUAAGCUAAUCUUAAUUGAGAAAAACAACAAUGAAAUCGAAAAUCGUAAAUCGAUUUUGUCUGUAGGGAAAAAAUGGUUGAAAGUAAAAGUAAAAAAACAAAACAAAUUCAAAAAUCGAAAAUGAAAACUAAACAACAUUCCAGUUGAACCUUAUGUAAUUUAGGCUAAGUUUAUAAUUUAAGCCAUUUUGUUAGUAAGUAAGUGAGUUGUAUUAGUAAGCAUUCCAUUCCAUGGUCUUCCUUGAAUUUUAAAUGAUUUUUAUGCAAACCAUAUAGCGAGUUAGUUUUAUU